AUGAAAUUUGGUAAAUUUUGCAGAUCAGGUGAAUGCAAAGUAGCUAUUAAAAGUAUUGAAAGUUCAUUUUGCAAAAUAUCUGAUGAACAUAAAACUUCAGAACUUUUCAGAGAGCCAAUUGCGCUUGUAGUAUCAGCAAUUUCGAAUAGAAACGACAUAGUAAAUUUUGAUGUUCUUAGAUGUUAUGGAUUAA